AUGAACGUGUUUCGGCUGCUGGGCGACUUGUCGCACAUUGCGUCGAUUCUCAUCUUGAUCCACAAGAUUACGACGUCAAAGUCAUGCCGAGGCAUCUCGCUCAAGACGCAGCUGCUCUAUGUGGCUGUCUUUGUCACGCGUUACCUUGCCCUCUUCUCGCCGCCCCGUCUGUACCUCAUCGUGAUGAAAAUCUUCUUCAUCUCGAGCUCGCUCUAUGUCGUGUACCUGAUGAAGGUGAAAUUCAAGUCGCGCGUCGAAGUUGACAUUGACACCGUGCGCCUGGACUACCUCGUCGGCGCGUGUGCGGUCCUCUCGCUCCUGUUCAACUACAAAUUUACGCCGCUGGAAAUUGCUUGGUCAUUCAGUAUCUUUUUGGAGUCGGUCGCGAUCCUGCCGCAAAUGUUCCUGCUGCAACGGUUAGGCGAGGCGGAGACCAUCACGACACACUACAUCUUUGCGCUGGGCGCAUACCGCGCAUUGUACAUCAUCAACUGGCUUACCGCUAGCCUCAUCUUUGAGCCAAAGCAUCACUUUGACUACAUUACCUUCCUCGCUGGACUCGUGCAGACCGGCCUGUAUGCCGACUUUUUCUACAUCUACUAUGAAAAGGUGAUGCACGGGAAAAAGUUCGAGCUGCCUGCGUAA